UGCAAGUUGAUAUUCCUCUUUGGUGUCGUCAUCUUCCUCUAGAAACCUAUAUUGGGCAUUAUGGAAAAUAGGUAAUUUGGAGCUUGAGCUGGACAGAAUGCGCUGCAAGACCAUUUGGAUUUCCUCCACUCUUUUCUUUAAAUAUUCAAAGAAUGAUUUCAGGGCCGCUUGGAUGUGCUCGAGUUGCUUAAGCAUCUUCUUCUGCAGCGUCAUCACUUCGUUGAUGGCACCAAUCGAUGGUUCUCCCCUACGAGCCUACUUUUGGAGUAUCAGUCGCUCAAGCAAAGGGAACCAGUCCGCUUCAAUGUCACGCACCACCAUUUUCCCCACACAAUCUGGGUUAAAAUUGGCGAAACUCUCUGACCAGGCCCGAGAUGACGGGGAUUGGAGGCUCACAAAAGCUUUCUUAACCAUGCUAUGUCACCACCAAUUUCACAAAAUCUGGCAUAUCAGUUGCUUUAAAGCCCCUCUCCAAGAAGAAACUGCGCGUCUUAAUCGCCUGGAAGCGUUGGUAUGCUCUAGCAUUGGUGAAUCGGUUGAAAUCGGCCUCAUGGGGAGGGAUAAUCUUCACAUUUUCCCCUUGCUUUAUUGUUGGUGUGGGCUUCUGCAAAAGAGGUUUAAAACGCCGCUUCCCCUUAGAUGGGGAAGCGGUCUUCCCCAUAUUUUUUUUAUCUUCUCUUCCAUUUUGCGGCGGAAGAUUCGGUGUUUGGGUUGGUGGCAUUGGAGGCAAAUUAUCAACUAGGAUGGCUCGCACUGUGGAAGUUGCAUCGGAGACUUUGGUUUUCUUCCCUUUUAUGCUAAUUGCUAAUCCAUCGCUCGUUUUUCCUUCCGUGUUCGGGAAGUUGGGCAGCUGGUGUGUUCUCUAUGAUAGAGGUUUGUCCAUCCUCCAUGAUGGUGGCUGGGGGAAUGACUUCUUAUUACUGCACUUGAUGAUAUUAUUAUCAUUGGUGUUUCGUUGUUUGAAAUUCAGUCUUUGAAGGAUCUUCUUAAUCAUCAUUUCAAGCUAAAAGAUCUUGGUUCUCUUGAA